AUGGCGAGCCAUCGCCAGGACCGAAGGGAGCCGCCACCUGCCUAUUUGUCGGUCCGCUUUCUCUUCAACGGUGACUUCGUCGAUCGCGGCACCUGGGGGCCGGAGGUCUUGUUGCUGCUAUAUGCACUGAAGAUCAAGUUCCCGACGGCAGUCUUCCUCAACCGCGGAAAUCACGAGGAUCAGUCUCAGAAUCAGCUGCCGGACAAUGGGUUUGUCCAUUCUCACUGCACCCGUGCUUUUGCGGGUGAGGCAGUGCCCAUGUAUCACCUUUGCCGGAGAAGUUUCAAGGAGCUGCCUUUGUGCCACGUGAUCGGUGGCGAGGUCUUCGUCGUGCAUGGUGGGCUACCCAUGGACUCAAUCGUCACCUUAGCCGACAUCAACUCGAUCGACAGGCGCCAUGACGUUCCGAUCAAGCACUGCGCCCUCAUGGGGUACCCGAAGGGCCAAAAAGUCAUCGCAAAGAAGGACCUCAAUGGCAAAGAUGGCGGCAAGAUCUUUAAGGGAAGCAAAGGCCGUCUCUGCGAACGAGUGCGGAAGUCCAACGAUGCCAUUUGCCGCUUCGUUGCAGCCGGCUCGCAAGACGAGGUCGUUGUGAAGAUCUCGGGAGCCCCGGAGCUCGAAGAGGAUGUGGACAUUGUCUACAGUUCGGAGAAAGAGCGCCAGCGCCAGCGCCAGUACCGAAUCUUUGUUGCCUUGCUUUGGAGCGCAGCUUGGAGGCACUUCCCUGUCCACCCUCGUCGCACCAAGGCCAAGGCCCUAUCGAAGCUUGAACCGUCGAAGGGAAGACCUUCAGAACAGAGUCCGAACCUGCAUGCUCAACCUGUCGAAACAAAGUGCCGUUCACUCGGUUGUUUGUUUAAUCCCCUGAUCUGUCUGUCACUUGCGCAUUGA